CAGACGGGAUGUUUUGAAUUCUACCUCACCUGAGCUAAGACUGCGUAGGCCGUCUUGUUCAUUCUCCCGCUGCUGUUCAGUAGCACAGAGGGACAGAGGGAAGAUGAAUCUCUACAGGAGCUUUGGAAACCUCAUGGAGGCAUGGGUAACCGAAGGAGCGCAGGGUUCGGACUCAGCAUGGCUUGGAAAUAAUUAUGAAGACCCUUCUAUGCGUUCAUCUGACGUGGGAACGAACAUACGCACAGAAUCUGUGGACUCUGGAGUGGAGACAGCCAGCUCUGUCACAUCCUUACCUCCUACCCCUUCCUCUGUCUCAGCAGAUCAUACAGAAAUAGACUCUUUUACACCAGAAAGAGAAAGGGACUCAACAUCACAGUCUCCUAUCCUCUCUUUUCCUGUGCCUCCCUCUUCUUCCUCUUCCUCCCCGCACCUCCGACCCAGCAGAGCUCAGGAGAGCUCCACAGCCUUGCAAUUAAAAGUGGAGCAAGCAAUAAAGAAGACUGACUCUAAAUGUCUGCAGAACAACCCUAAAGACCUCCUCACAGCGGAUGUGGUGCUCAGGCGGCGACCUGGAGCAUCUUUUGUAUCCAAACGGCCUACAUCGGAGUUAUUAAGAGGUCAAAGGUCGGAGAGUUUUAGCCACUGGAGGACAGCAAACUCAUCAGUGCCCAUAAGGCAGCUUUCAGAAUCAUACAGACGGCCAAGGUCUGCGAGUUGUAUAAAGCCGCCAGUCCAGACCAGAACAGAGGACCUUGGUGCAGAGGAGAGGAAAGAGCUGAGUCCUGGGCUCCUGUACUUGGAGCAGGUGUGCCAAAUGUUAGAAGAGAUUGCCAAACAGCAGAUGCACAGCCGAGCGUUACAGAUGGAGACGGAUGCUCCGCGGGAGCAUCAAGACCUGGAGGAGAGCCAGGCUCUCAACGCUUGUCAGAGUGACUCUAAACCUUCCGAGGAGGAUAUCAUUUCCUGUGAAACGCUUGAAAUUCAAGAAAGUUCAGUGCAAAUCUCCAGUGAACCUCAGCAGCGUAGAGAUCAUCCUUACAGACUUUUUCGGCAGAGAUCGGCUUCAGACACAAAUAUUUCAUCAGUGCAUUUAAGAAAGCAGAAUGCAGACUGCAGAGGGCAGCAUCGGAGUAAAGAUGACCUGCUGGAAAAGGAAGAGGAUGACCAGGAAAUUCAGGAGUCUGAAAAACAAGAGACGCCUAAAACCAACAAGAACUGGAAGAUGACAUUUGGCUCUUUCACGAGAGAGUCUUCCCUGAGAGAUUCAAAGGGCCAACAGAUGCAGUCAUCUGAGAGAAACUCCGCCCGACGACGGCUGAGCCAGCUGUUCAGGAGGAAGACUACGAAGGCUGUAACCGUGUAAACGGACCAGAGCGUCUGUGUGGAUGUUUGGAUUUCAAUUCUGAAGAGGAAGCUGUUACUUCAGAGGUCUGAGAAGUGGCACUGCUUUCGAACUGACUUCAUAUUCAGCUAUUUGGAUCAAGCAAUUGCCAUAGUUUAUUUAUUGUCGACUGUAUUAUAUUUUUUAUACUGAUCAAUAAUGUUUCUUCUACUGUUGUUUCUCCGUUAUUUGAUAGCACUACAACAUUUCGUCCAAACAUCAAACUUGUUUCUGUAAUAAGCUAAAAGAUUGGUGAACAACCAGUAGUAAUGCACUGUAUAGUAAUAAACUUGAAAAUAACUUUGAAAUUCUCCUU